AUGGAGAGCGAUAUCGAUGGGAGUCCUUUAAAUUUAGGCAGUGGUGAAGGUGUAAGGAAGAAUGAUCGAGGAAAGCAUAAGAGAGCACUAAAAUGUCUUUCUCAAAGGACAGUUGCACUGAAGAUAUCCUAUGAUGGCCAGGGAUAUAGCGGGCUUUCUCCUCAGAACGGCAAAGAGACUAUUGGCGGGAAUCUUGAAUAUGCCUUGAAGGCCACGGGGCUUGGAGAGAAGCUAGUGUAUGCAGGGAGGACAGAUGCGGGUGUAAGUGCAAUAAACAUGAUAGCGUCAUGUGUUGUUAUAUCAAGAGUUUUAGAGCCCAACAGAAGUUAUUCCAUCACUGAGGACGACUACAGGGAGUACAAAUAUGACAUAAUGCUCAAUAAUCAUCUUCCAUCAGACAUACGUGUCAUUGGAUGGGCACCAGUUCCUGACACAUUCAAUGCAAGAUUUACAUGUGUACAGAGACAGUAUCGGUACUAUUUUCACAAGGAAGGCCUUAAUAUUAAUGAAAUGAACGAAGCAGCUUCUAGAAUCAAAAGGAUGGAGAACUUUUAUUACUUUAGCAAACACUCUGACGAGAAUGCUCGAUAUGAAAGGAGGCUGGAUGAGUGCAGAGUAGUGGACGACGGAGACAUCUACUAUCUGGACAUAAGGGCCAGAGCAUUUCUACACAACAUGGUUCGAAAAAUAGUUUGGGCUAUACAGAAGUCUGGAAGGGGAGAAGCAUACGAUAUCCAAAGAAUAGGAACGUCAGAGCCGCAUCCACUGGUCUUUUGUGGAGCGGUGUACCCCCACGAGCUUUCCUUCAUCAGCAAUCUUCGCUGUUUCUCAGAAUUCCGCUACAAAAUGGAAAGAGACCAAAUAAACUACAAAAUAUCAAGGUACAGGUUAGAACACCUUACUGAUGAGUUUUCUAAGGAGACAGGAAGUAAAAAGAGGCAAUAG